AGGGACCAGGCAGAGCAGGGCGGGGCUUCCUUUCUGCGCCUACGGAAUCGCAGUUUGACCCCGGAAGUGCUGGGUCUGUGGAAGCUGUCUCGGUGUAUUACGGCUGAACAUCUCGGGUGUGGAGCCGGGGAGGAGGGUCACGCAGCACAAUGCCAGCUCUGCCCCUGGACCAACUCCAGAUCACCCACAAAGACCCGAAGACAGGAAAGCUGAGGACUUCAGCAGCGCUGCACCCUGAGCAGAAGGCAGACCGGUAUUUUGUGUUGUACAAACCACCCCCUAAAGACAACAUUCCCGCCCUAGUGGAGGAGUACCUGGAACGUGCCAACUUCGUAGCUAAUGACCUCGACUGGCUCCUGGCCUUGCCUCACGAUAAAUUCUGGUGCCAGGUUAUCUUUGAUGAGACCCUGCAGAAGUGCCUGGACUCCUACCUGCACUAUGUACCCCGAAAGUUUGAUGAGUGGGUGGCCCCAACCCCUGAGGUUGCUGACAUGCAGAAGCACCUGCACCGGAGUGUUUUCCUCACCUUCCUUCGAAUGUCCACGCACAAGGAAUCCAAAGACCACUUCAUUUCUCCAUCUGCAUUUGGAGAAAUCCUCUACAACAACUUCCUCUUUGACAUCCCGAAGAUCCUGGACCUCUGUGUCCUCUUUGGAAAAGGCAACUCACCACUGCUCCAGAAAAUGAUAGGAAACAUAUUUACCCAGCAGCCAAGUUACUAUAAUGACCUGGAUGAAACCAUUCCCACCAUACUUCAGGUCUUCAGCAAUAUCCUCCAGCACUGUGGUUUGCAAGGGGAUGGGACCAGCACUACACCCCAGAAACUCGGGGAGAGGGGUCGGUUGACCCCCAGUGACAUGCCUCUCUUGGAAUUAAAGGACAUUCUUCUCUACCUGUGUGAUACCUCCACCACACUCUGGGCCUUUCUGGACAUCUUCCCUUUGGCCUGCCAAACCUUCCAGAAACAUGACUUUUGUUUCAGACUAGCUUCCUUUUAUGAGAUGGCAAUUCCAGAAAUGGAGUCUGCAAUUAAGAAGAGGAGGCUUGAAGACAGCAAGCUCCUGGGUGACAUGUGGCAGAGGCUCUCCCAUUCUAAGAAGAAGCUAAUGGAGGUGUUUCACAUUAUCCUGAACCAAAUCUGCCUCCUUCCCAUUCUUGAGAGCAGCUGUGACAACAUUCAAGGCUUCAUUGAAGAAUUCCUUCAAAUCUUCAGCUCUUUGCUGCAGGAAAAGAGAUUUCUUCGUGACUAUGACACAUUCUUCCCAGUAGCUGAAGACAUCAGCUUGCUGCAACAGGCUUCAUCAGCCUUGGAUGAGACCCGGACUGCCUACAUCCUACAGGCUGUGGAAAGUGCAUGGGAAGGGGUGGACAGACAGAAAAUCAAGGACAUUAAAGACCCAUCAAGAGCCAAGGAUUCUAAUAAUGAAGUCACAAUAACAGCAGAGCCAGUCAGUGAAAUGCCAUUACAGCUGGAGAACUCUGAAGAGGAUGAGGAGUGUAUGGGUGCAGCAGCUGCCCUGGGCCCUACUGUGAGUGGUGUGGAACUAGACUCACUCAUCUCCCAAGUGAAGGAUCUGCUGCCAGACCUUGGGGAGGGCUUCAUUCUGGCCUGCUUGGAGCACUACAGCUAUGAUUCAGAGCAGGUGAUCAACAACAUCCUGGAGGAUCGGCUGGCCCCUGAGCUCAAUCAGCUGGACCGAGGCCUAGAAAGACAAGCGAAACCCGACCCUACACCCCUGUUGUCAUCACGUCACAACGUCUUCCAGAACGAUGAGUUUGAUGUGUUCAGCAGGGACUCAGUGGACCUGAGCCGAGUGCACAAGGGCAGGAGGAAGGAAGAGAAUGUGAGGAGCCUGGUGAAUGACAAGCAGGCUGUGGUGGCACAGAGGCAGCGCUACCAGAAAUACAGUGUGGUUGUGGAGGAGGUCCCCCUGCAGCCAGGAGAAUACCAGGCUGAUGACUAUGAGGACGAGUAUGAUGACACAUAUGAUGGCAACCAGGUGGGCGCCAACGAUGCAGACUCUGAUGAUGAGCUCAUCAGCCGCAGGCCCUUCACCAUCCCUCAGGUGCUGAGAACUAAAAUGCCUGGGGAAGUGCUGGAGGAGGAAUGUGAUGAAGAGGAUGAGGUGGAAGAGGAGGCCCCCAAGCUGGACCAUUUUAUUCAGGAUCCUGCAGUGCUGAGGGAGAAGGCUGAAGCCAGGCGCAUGGCCUUCCUCACCAGGAAGGGGUAUCGGCCUGAGAACUCAACUGCAGUGACAGGUAGCCCCCGGGGCCAUGGGCAAAGCCGAGAAACCACCCAGGAACGCAGGAAGAAAGAAGCCAACAAAGCAGCCAGAGCCAACCACAGCCGUAGAACCAUGGCUGACCGGAAAAGAAACAAAGGCAUGAUCCCAUCCUGAGGCCACAAGCUGCCUGGAUGAGGGGGGCCCUUUAAGGCAGCUCUGCCCUCAGGACCACCACCACACCUCACCUGCCAGCCAGCCGUGAGCGCCUUCUUAUCAAACACACAGUGCCUUAUCCUUUGGCGGAGGAAUCCAGUGCCAUCAAGCAGGCUGUGCCCCAGCUGGGCUGCCGGGAAAGGAUGGGGAUGCAGAACCAAAGUGUCUUUCAUCUUGUGCAGUGAGGCACCACCUCUGGAAGUCCUGGAUGGCAGGAGUCCUGCAUAUUAAGAAGCAACGAAAGGCCUGUGAAUAAAGUUUCUGACCUUCCGACAAUGCUCCAUGACAUGCUCCAGCCUUUUCCCUCUGUCCUUCCUCUGAAACUGAAAGACAAGAAGGCAUAGUGGUCCCCAUACUCUGUUGACUUUCCAUCCUUGCCCUCUUGGUGCAUCUCCUAGUGCUGUUCUUCCUUGCUGUGUGACCUCUGUGCCUGUGGAAGGAAGUGGCCAGUGUGAGGCCUAAGGUCCAUCCCUUCUGUGAUUACCUCCUGCACCGCCUCCUCAGAAGGUAGCUACUGUUGUCUGUUACAGGACACAUGAGGGGAGUGGGAUGUGAAGGCUGAGAGUGUUCCUAGGCCACAGGAAGGAAGUGACAGAGCAGGUCUUGGAAGCUCAGUCUGACCCCUGGCAGUAUAGACUGUAGACCCAUGUAGAUUACGUCAACCCCUGUGUCACAACUGGCACAAGGCCACUUGGCCAGUUUCAGUGUGUCAUAGUUAUAAAUGUACUGUUAGCCCCCACCCUCCCAAUGCAGAGAUUGGAAAGCUCUAGAAAGAAGUGAAGGUAUGCUGCCAAGUCCUGUUGAAGCAAGGACUAGGCUGGCUUCCAGAGCCCCUUCCCCACGUGGCCCACUCUGCAGUGGGAAUCAGCUAACAGGUCUCCUGGGUUUAACUGACGUGCAAGAGAUAUGCAGUGGGGUCUUUGCUGGGCUGAUCAUGAUGCAGCAGGCCUGGAGUCUUACCAACAGAUCUUUUAGACGCCAGGGACAUUGAUUUGCUUGUAGCUAGGACUAGCAGGCAGACAGAUACUUGAUAGAUUGUUUUAUUAGGCCAGACUGCACAAGUGAAACUAAAUGCCAGUCCCUCUGUGUCUUGCUGGCUUCUGGGAGCGUUUGAGACACAGGUAGGGGGUGGGAUCCGCCCCCAGGGCUGCUGAAUUAGCUGAGAUCUGGCAAUGUCAGCCAUACUGACAGACAGCAGGGGAACUGUUUCCUCCUAGAGGCACUUCCCAGGGCCCAGUUCCCAGGGCCCAGCCGGGUCUCCCUGACUAAACUCAGACCAGUCUGCUGUCUUGUGCAAGGACAAGGGGCUUGGGAGCUCCUGGUCUUCAUCUGCCUUACCUGCUGCUCUUCCCUGCAGCAACCCUCAUCUGCUCUUGGCCAUCUCCUCCUGCAGCCACCUAGAGGACCCAGGUUUCCUGGGAGCAGUCGGGCUGAAAGGAUAUCACCAUCUCUUCUGUUUCCUAGUACACUGGGCCAGAUCAAACAUAAUGCCCCCUGAGGAGCUGCUGCUUGUAUCUUUUGGCUCUCCAGGACACCCUUCCAGGGUGCUUUGAAGCCAACCCAGAGCAGCCUGUUACCCCAUCCCCUUCAGCCUCAAUGAGAUGAAUGGCACUACUUGGUGGUGGUGAAGUCCCUGAAGAUGAAUAUUGAAGCUGUUGCUCAGUAGGAGAACACUUGAGUAAUAUACACAGGCUUAGGUUUGUCCCUUAACUAUUUAUGUAAGGGAAGUCCCCAAGGGAUUCUAAAUUUACUAUUUAUAUAAAGGAAGUCCCCACGGGAUUCCAAAUUUAAGAUUAGCAUCCCAAGAGUGUUGGGUGGGUGAACCAUUUGGUCCCUAGACCCACCUCACCUCCACCCCCUGCUGUCCUAUGCGGGUAUUUUCCAAGUGCCUUUUCUGUGCCCUACAGAGAAUAUGACCAUCACAGAUGUUUCUGGAGAAACUUUUUUUCUGAGACAGGGUUUCUUUGUGUAAUAGCCCUUCCUGUCCUGGGCUUUGUAGACUAGGCUGGCCUCAAACUCACAGAGAUCUACCUGCCCCUGCUGGGAUUAAAGGCAUACACCACCAUGUUUGGCCCUGAGGAAACUUUUAAAACUUUGAACCUCUAAAAAGGAUACAAGACCCAAGUGUCAUUAUUCCAGUGUCUAUAAAUAGUCAGCCACAAGAGCCUUUGUGCCCCUGUGAGGCACAACCAGACAUGGAUUAUAAGAGACCUAAGAGCCUGUGGGGAGAGCAGAGCAAGCAGUCUGCCUAUAGUGUCUUAGUAGUGGAUGCAUGACCUUGUCAAACUGCCCCAGCUGAGGCUGGAGGAGGAAACAGUUGGCUCAAGCCUGCACUGUCACUGCCCUACCAGGAGCUCAGAUUCAGCGACAGUGCAGGGAAAUAAAACCAGAGUUAGACAUGGUGGUGGCACGCACGCACUUCUUGGGAGGUAGAAGAUGGUUCAGGGAUAGCCUAAGCUAUAUGAGACACUGUCUAUAAAUAAAAACCAAAUAUUUCUGAAGAACAGACUUUAAGAGGCAGAAUACAUGAACAUAGUGUGAGGCAUUGUUUGUGAGAAUGUUAAAGCUCCUUUUGCACACAGACCAACAUGGAAGAAACUGCGUUUGUGAAGGUGGUGGCAGAACCGAGAUCCCUGCCGUUGGCAAUAAACAGGCUUCCCGUGUGUUUUCCUGGA